UGUUCCAGGGAUGAAUUCGCAAUAAAUUCUGAAAAUCUUAAUGUCAAAACUUGUGGUAUUUGUUUUGACAAAAUUACUAAUCUUAAUGAUAUCUCAAAACAUCCAUGCUUUAAAGGAUAUAAACGUUUUUAUCACGAUGCAGAAACAUCACAGUUGCAUCCUGUGACAAGUAAAUAGAAAUUUAUUAUUAAUAACUAUUAUUUGUAUAGAUUAAUAACUAUGUAUUUAUUUAUCUUAAAAAAAAAAAUUCUUGUAGAUUUUCUAAAAAAUUCAAGUGAUGGUAAUGAUGGUAAUGAUGAUGGUAAUAAUGAUGGUAAUGAUGAUGAAGUUUUACAGUGUGUAGAUGAUUUUGAAAUCGAAAAAACUGUCAACAUUAAUAAAAGAAUUAACAAAAAAAAUUGCGAAAAAGUGAGUCUAAAUUUUGAUGAUGAAGAAUUAUUAAUUUUGGAAGUAAGAGCUCGAGAACCUCUUUGGAAUUUUCAAUUAAAUAUACAGGAAAGAAAUUCAAAAAUUACAAAUAAAUUAUGGGAAGAGGUAUCACUGGCAUUGGGAAAUAAGAUUAGUGCUGAAGGGGCAAAACAAAAAUUUAAAAGUUUACAUGAUACAUACAGAAAAAUAAUUCAAGCUGAAAACUUACCAAGUGGAUCUGCAAAAAAAAGCUCAAAGAAAUGGCAUCAUUAUGAUGCUAUGAAUUUUUUAAGAGAUUCAUGUUUGAUAAAACAAACUACCUCAAACUUGUGUUCCACUGUGGUAGAGUGUGCUUCCAAUUCUGGAAAUGAAAAUAACACGUCUCUCAAUAAAUCUUCUCGAAAAAGAAAAAGACAAAACGAUUUAUCAGAUAAUGCUCUUGAAAGGAUUGCUGAUGCCCUUAGUACAAACCAAGAAACAACAAUAUCAGUACCGCCUCCACCACAAGUAGAUGAAAUUGAUGCAUUUCUAAUUAUGUUAGGCCAUAGAAUAAAAAAAUUACCCCAAGAAAAGCAAAUGGAAGCAAUGCAGAAUCACUUACAAUUAUCUUUCAACUACUUAAAAGAGUAACAUUAAUAUUUCCAUUA